CUCUUAAACCUUCACCAAUAUAUCCUCCUGUGGUACUGACAUAUUUACUUAGAGAUUUAAAUAAAAGAAAAAGCAAUAAAGUUUCAGAACAGGAUCUUAAAAGGUCCACUAGGAUUUUUUUUGUAUCAUUACAACGAUGCCUGCAUGGAAAUAACACUUUCUGUAAAAGAAAAGAAAAAAAGAAAAAAGUUACUUAAAUCAGGAAGAUUUUUCCAUUCACUGCAAAAUAGGGGAUCUGCUUGUUUCAUAAUCUACCACAGUUUUGACUCAGCGCAUGAUCUCUGGGAACUAAGCAGCAAUUCCUCUUUCAGAGACCGAAAAACUCACAUGUGGAUAUACAGCUGUUUUGGUUUCGAGAAAUAAGCUAAGAAAGGACUUCGCCAAAACUUCACCACCUGGCUCUUGGAUAUAUCUCCAGCGCUAGACUCCAUAUCCCCAUAAAAUCUUUAUUACUCUGUGUUCCUGUUGUAGCCAAAGGUUUGAUUAGAAAUGCUGGGAGAGAGCUUCAUACUCAUGUUAAACUACAGAGAGGAGGCUAUAUGCUCUCCAGACAUGACAUCAUUCUCUCCUUCUGCUGAUUGUGUUCAUGAGACCCACACACUUGCACAGGUUAAAGACACAUUAUCUCUUGAGCCAGGCAGAGAUGUCAGGCCUGUGCAGAAACUGUCUAAGGCCAAAGUUCCUUACAACAGACCUGAUCUCUACAUCUCAAAUCAUGAUGGAAAGCCCUUUGUAAGCCCGAGUCAACCGGAGGAGUCUAAUACUAUCUUGGACAAGCUGUCUUUAGACCUGCAACUGAAUAGCAUCACAGAGAGCAAAAAGGUUCACCCUCUUUCUACAAAACCACAAGAAUGGCACAUUAACUCCAUCCCCCAGCAGCUUCACGUCAUACCAGUGUCAGUCCCCCUCAAGCAGGAUGACAUCACUGAUGAUGGCUACCUUGUCAUGGACAGCAGCAUUAUGCUCAAUGGGGAGCCACCAACUAACUCCAUGCUGAACGGUUACCUGGACAAGAAGCUCCAAGAAGUUUAUAGCCAGUACUUGCAGGAGAGGCUGACGUGUCCUGGAUCUUCUCCAGGUUGCAGCCUGCUCCCUCCCUUCCAGCCGACCAGUCUUAUUCAGCUCAGCCAACCACUAAACAUGGACUCAAGUCUGGAACCAGAGACUAGACAAUGUCAGGGAGCCGUCAGUCAGCGGGCCAGCUCCAACUUCAGCUCCCCAGUACUGCGCAUUUCUAAUGCAGAAUAGCCCAUAAAGCCUAGGCACUCUGAAUAUAUGAAUAUACAGUAUGAAUAUAGAUUAAUAAUAUAUAUGUAUAUAUUAAUAAUGAUAUUGAUAAGAAUUUAUUGAUCACAUACCCAGUAUGUCAGGAAGCUGGGGUCAGAGAUGAUACAGCGCCGCCUGGAGCAGAGAGGGUUAAGGGCCCAACAGUGGCAUCUUGGCAGUGCUCGGGCUUGAACCCCCGACCUUCUGAUAAGUCACCCAGAGCCUUAACCGCCAAGCCACCACUGCCCCCCCCCUGUUGCUAAGCUAAUACUUUGUUGAAGCACCGUUUGAUUUUAUUACACCACUCAUUCUUUUGGGGUAAGAGUCUAUUAGCAUGGCACAGCUUGACUUGCCAAUAUUUUCCCACUCUUUCUUGCAAAAACAUUCUAGAUCCAAGGGCAUCUCUUUUGCACAGCCUGCUUCAGGUCACCCCACGGAGUUUUAGUUGGAUACAGGUCUGGGCGUUGGCUAGGCCAUUCAAAAACAUGAAUCUUCUUUUGGUUAAUCCAUUCCUUUGUUGAUUUGGAUAGAUGCCUUGGGACAUUUUGCUGAAGGUGAAACAAAUUUUCAAGGUUUUGCACUAAAAUCAACUAGUGUUUGUAGCUAUUCAUGAUUCCCUCUACCUUCAUAAAAGCCCCCAGUUCUGACUAAAGAAAAGCAGACCUAAAGCAUAAAGCUUUCACCGUCAUGCUGUACCAUGAGUAUAGUGUUUUUUUGGGUGAUGUUUAAAUGUUUUUGCACCGCACAUGCCUUUUGGAAUUUUGGUCUCAUCACCAUUACACAUUUUCAAACCAUUGGUUUGGGGUGAUUUAGUUGGGCUUGGAUGUUUUUUUGUUUGUUUGUUUGUUUUUUUUUGUUCUUUUUUUUUUUAACUAUAUAUAUAGUUUUAAAAAAAAGUAGGUGCAAGUAGGUGUCACAAAGCUAGCGCAUAAAAACACAGCACACUAAAUCACCACUAAACCGCUAGAACAUCAUCCCCACAGGGAAGCAUGGUGGUGGCAGCAUCAAGCUUUGGGGCUGUUUUUCCUCAGCUGGAACUGGGGCAUUAAUCAGAAUCAAAAGCAUAUCAUUUUGUUUAUCAUUAUAGUUAUCAAUCGCUAUUUUAUGAGUACUUUUUAUUGGUGUAACUUUAUAUUGUUUUGGUUUCUGAUCCACAUACAGAUUUUGUUCUGACUUUUUUUUUAAUGUGAUUUAUUAUUAUUUUUUUUAAAUGUGAAUUUACAUUUUUUAUGAACAUAAAAAAAAAUAUUUCUUUUUCAGUCAGACCAGAUGUGCUCACAAUAUAUGGUGACAAAAUCACAAUACAUUAUUCAUUGUUAUUACAUUGCAUGAAGCCACAGGCACAUUUUUUUUUUUUGCAGUAACACAAAACAAAACCUCAACAUUUUUUUUUCAAACUGAGAGUGGGUUUUCUGCUGAGGAAGUGUGUCUGAGCUGGCACAUGCUCUAACUUUUCAGGCGGAUUCAGGAUAUGGUUAAUCAGCAGCUGUCUUCCACUUCCUAUAUUAUGCAAGCUUCUUUCCUGAAUGGAUGCAAGACAUGUUAGUAUUGAGUACUCAAUUAUUUUUUUUGCCUCAUAUAUCCAGUACACAAUUUUAAACUUUGCACAGAAAUUGCUGGUGUUAUCUUUUGGCUGAAUGAUCUGCUAAAAAAAAAAAAAAAAAAAAAAAAUACAAAUUCUAAUUUACAGCCCAUUGCUGCCACCUCUUGUCCAGUUAUACAGAAUGUAUACAUUAGUAGAGUGUUAAUAUUUCUAUAUGGGAUCCUGUAUUAAAUUGCUUUAAAUGAUUAUUUCUUGGUGAUUUAAUACAUGAGCUUAAAAUGUUUAAUUAAUCAAUACAUUAUGUAUACGUCAAUACUACGUAUAAUCCACUUACAUAAUCACAUUUUGUGCCUCAACUGUCAUGUUAAAAGGGUCAUUUAACCUCAUUAAAUGUAUGUAGAUGUAUGUUCAUAGAUUAUUACAUGAUUUAUGAACACACACCAUCAUGCAGUUUGGAAAAAUAGAAUGUAAAAUAGAACAGCAAAACCCAUUAAAAAAAAAAAAUGUACCAACCCACCAAAGUCUUUGUUCAUUACUAACGUUAGGCAAACUAGCUAGUUAAAUUAUGAAUGUUUUAUUGUCUAAUAUUUUUGGUAGCAUGUCACUCAGAUUAUUCCCAAAACUAUGAAGCUUAUUAUUUCAUGGCAAACCGACGUGAUACAAAUCAGUCUUGUAGAGAAGUACUGAAAAAUCUGUUUGUCAUUGAAUCAGCCUUCCAAGAAGAGCUAACCACUUAAAAAUCUUGUUUCCGAGUCAAGAGGUACGCUAUAUGGUCAAAAGUUUGUGGACACCUGAUAUGUGGGUAUUCACCAAGCUGUUUCCACAGCGUUCGAGGCACACAGUUGUCUAGAAUGUCUUCAUAUGAUGAGGAAUUAUGAGUUCCACUCACUGGCACUAAGGGGCCGAAACUUGUUCCAGCCUGACAGUGUUCUCGUUCACAAAGUGAGCUCCAUAAAGACAUGGUUUUUGGUCUGUGCUGAGCUCUGACCUCAACCCCACUGAACACCUUUGGGGUGAAUUGGAAAGCAGACUGCAUGCCAGGCCUUCUCGAAUCAUUGCUCAAAUUCACUAAUGCUCUUGUGGCUGAAUGAACAAAUCCCCACACCUUCACUCCACAAAGCCUUCACAGAAGACUGGAGGUUAUUACAGAAGCAAAGGGAGGAUCAAUUCUAUAUUAAUUCCCAUGGAUUUUGCAAUGAGAUGUUCAACAUGAUCACGUGGGUGUGAUCGUCUGGUGUCCACGUACUUUUGGCCACGUAAUGGUAUGCGGUCUUGUACUCUUGUAAACGCCUUAGGUGUAAAUCUUCUCACAGUAAAACACCUCUUAUCAGUCAAUCCAUGAUUAACCUCUUCUUAUACUGUAUAUCUGUGCUAAAAGUUGACCACCAGGUUCCUGAAGUUGUCUGAGGCACAAAAGUAGAAGUCUGUAAGGAGGGUAAAACAGAUUCAGCAAAACAAAUAAUUUUAUCAUAGGGUUGAUUUGUAAACCCUUAUGACAAUAUUACAUAUACAUAAUUAUUUUAAUUAUGUUUUUUUUUUUUUAUUUGUUUGUUUGCAUGUACAUUCAUGCAGCAAAUCUAUUAUUCUUCCACAUCCCAAAGGUGCUCUACUGGAUUUAGGUAUGGUGACUAGGGAGGACAUUGAAGUACACUGAACUCAUUGUCAUGUUCAAGAAACGACUUGUUUGUGCCAUGUCAUGCCCACUGAUUCAUACCGUCGAUGCCAAAUUCCCUACCAUCUGCAUGUUGUGGCAGAAAUUCAACAAGAUUCUUCAGACCAGGUGACGUUUUAAAAUCUUCACCUGUGUACUUUUGAUGAACUUGUGCCCAAUAGAUUCAAUAAAUUUCUGAAAUACUCAAACCAGCCCACCUGGCACCAAAAUCCAAUCAUGUGAGUAUUAAUUAAAGUGUUCGAUCUGUUUCUACACGAGCUUACGCAUUGAGCUGCUGUUGCUAAAGGUACAAUGUGUACAGGUGUUCCUAACAAAGUGGCCCGUGUGUGUUUGUGUAUGUGGCAAAGGCAUUCUUUAUCGGUCACUUUAUCGUGGGAAUGUUUUCUUUGCACAAAAUUGCACACAUAAUGCCAAGUGAGCAUUGUUUGAAUGCCGUCUGAGUGUUGUUGCUGAAUACAUGCAGUAUUUUAUCACCACAAUUUACACAUCAUAUAAUGGCUACAUUCAGCAUGAUAAUGAACCAUGCCAAAAAGCACAAGCUCAAACAUCUCAAAUAUAAAUAUAUUAUUAUUAUAUUAUUGUAGAAAAUACAACAAUGUAUUAUAUAUUGUAUAUAAUAACAUUAUAUCAUUCUCUUCUUCUUCUUAUUAUUAUUAUUACUAUUAUUAUAGGGUGUUUCUAAUAAAUUGGCAGGUGAGUCUCUUAUGCCUUGUGCUUUUCAUCAUUUGCUUUGUAAUUAUUGUUCUGGAUCUUUAAUUGAACCUACUGUACUUAUCUUAAAAUUGGCUGUUUGAUUUA